UGCUCAUACGACGACGACGACGACGACGAUCGACGACGAUCGACGUCGAAUAGAACGACCGCGGGCAUUCUUGAUGUGAAACGCAAACUUCAAUUUUAUUUACCGUGUUCUCGCGCACGAACAACCCCUUAAGGAGCGGACCAAGGUGGCCAGCGGGUCAGGGAAAGUUAUGAGGCCCUGCUUCAUACCUGUCGUCGUCGUCCUGAUCCUGAUCGAGGCACUCGACCGUAGCGACAGCAUCUCCCAUAAUAUAGUGAAAGGAUGGGCGGACAAGCUAGGAUUCGAGCUCUCUCAGUUGGGAAAAUUGGUGACGAACGUGGACAAGUUCGAGGACAGCUAUAAGUCGGCGGACAUCACGCCACGUGACGGAAGUGCUCUCGUCCGCGAGAUCGCUAAGGACAUCAAGGCUAUGAUGGAGUUGAAGAUCUCGGCUAUCAAGAGGAUAAUGGACGUGGCUGAAACGUCGGCGCAAUCAUCCCCCGAUGUUGAUCCGCCGGAAACCUACGAGUUCAUCAAUACGAAGAACAUCACCAUCGACCUCGAGAAGAGUCUUCACUUUGGUGGCGACGUGAAUCUCGAUAUGUCAGCGGUGCACGUGCCCACGAACGUGUAUGAACGCGCUUCAAAUGUCAUCCGGGCGAUUAAGUGGUCCGAGACGCUUGAUCGCACUUUCAUAAGCAAUUACGAGCUGGACCCGUCAUUGUCCUGGCAAUACUUCGGCAGCGCGACCGGUUUCAUGCGUCAAUAUCCUGCCAUAAGUUGGCCCAUGGAACAGGUGGAUUUGUUCGACUGCAGAACGAGGAGCUGGUACAUCGAAGCGGCUACUAGUCCGAAAGAUAUUCUCAUCCUGAUGGACACGUCCGGUAGUAUGACCGGUAUGCGGCGGGAGAUCGCCAAGCAUGUGAUAAACAACAUUCUUGACACUCUCGGUAACAAUGAUUUCGUCAACAUCAUUACAUUCUCCAACGAGACUAAAGAGGUAGUGUCGUGCUUCAGUAAUACCUUGGUCCAAGCUAAUCUGGCGAAUAUACGAGAGUUGAAGCGAGCCAUCUCGGAUCUCAAUACGGAGCAGAUUGCCAACUUCUCUCUGGCUUUGACGACCGCUUUUCAAUUGCUCGAAACAUUCCGCGACGAGCAAUUGAAGGGUGCUAGAUGCAAUCAAGCAAUCAUGCUAAUCACCGACGGCGUACCAUACAACUACAAGGAGAUCUUUGAGGAGUAUAACUGGAAGGGUCUGGACGACCCUUCGAAGGCCGAUAUGCCUGUCAGAGUAUUUACCUAUCUGAUCGGUCGGGAGGUGGCGGAUGUCCGGGAGGUGCAGUGGAUGGCUUGCGCCAAUAGAGGAUACUACGUACAUUUAUGCACCCCGGCGGAAGUCAGAGAAGAGGUGUUGAAAUAUGUGCCGGUGAUGGCGAGGCCCUUGGUAUUGGGCCGUACAGAUCAUCCGACCAUCUGGACACCCGUCUACGCCGACGUGACGGAUCCGAAAAUGACCGACUGGAUGUGGGAGCAGCACGAAAGUGAGGAGCAGAAGGAGCUUGUCUUCUGGUUUAACAGGAGAAAGAAGUACCCCAACAUGGAGGAACAGGAUCGGCGAUACGUGAAGAAGCAGAAGCGGUGGUACGAUCAGACCAGCGGGUUGCAAAAAUACAAACUAAUGACCUCGGUCAGCAUGCCAGUGUUUGAUCGACGUGAAAACGCGAACAUCACAAGGCAGGUGCUGGUGAACGAAUACUGGGUGACAGAAACAAGAGAGACGAUGAUUGCCAAUCUCCUUGGUGUCGCUGGCACGGACGUAUCGAUCGAAGAAAUCCAGAAAUUGAUGAUUCCACACAUGCUCGGCGUCAACGGUUAUGCCUUUAUCGUGACCAACAAUGGUUUCAUCCUGAUUCAUCCCGAUCUUCGACCAGUGUUCCAGGGUAUUUUAAAGCCGGCAUACAAUAGCGUCGAUAUGGCAGAAGUUGAGCUAGUGGAUAACGAUAAGGGCCCCAGAGAUUUCGCCAACGGACUCAUUGUGAUGCGUAACAAAGUGGUGAAUCAGACAACUGGUAAUUCGAUCCUUUACACAAAGUAUCAUUACGAUGACAUGAAACGUGUCGGCAGAGUAAAGAGAAAAUACGAUUACAUGGGAAUAACGGACACUCCAUUCACAGUAGUGGUCAGUUUGCCCGAGCACGAUUCUGAAAAUUACCGCGUGCACGCUAUCGAGGAGAUACAUCGAUCUCACGCUAAAGGGAAAAACGUGACAGAUUACUUUGCGGGUAGUAACUGGCGGGUGCACCCCGAUUGGAUGUAUUGCAAGUAUCACUACGAGGGUGAACACAGGUUCAAUUCCUCGGAGUUGCAGCUCCUACAUUUUCUGGAGCGUACCCGCCUACCAGGCUGGAAGUGGAUCGACUUGAAGCAACGAUCCCCACCGCCGGAACACACCGCUGCGAGUCCUAGUCAUAACUCUCUUCCUAAUUCCUACAAGGCCGACAGGAACUCGUACUAUUGCGACAGGAAUCUGCUGCUCAGUCUGGUAUACGAUGCUAAGGCAACCGAGUGGUUCGCCCAGCAAAUCCCACCGAAUCCCAGCACCAAGGAUCCAACAGAACCUUUAGCUAGGCUGAUGAAUCAGAUGACCAGGCAGCAGUUCAAACAACGCUUCGGGGUGGUCCUGGCGUUUAUGGCCACGCAUAGCGGACUGACCAGGUGGCAAGAUAUUCUCCCAUUAGAUGAGGGUACGCUGCCGGAGGAUCAUUUCAGUAACCUGUAUCCUCAUGCUAUUGAUGAAGUAUGGUAUAAGCGAGCGGUCGAGCAGUACUACGUAGACCCAGACAGUUUCGUUUUUUCCGUGCCGAUCGAUGAUGAAGGUGCCGACAACACAACUCUAGUCACUGCCAGCCGUGCUGUAUUUAUCAAAAAGAAGGCGCCAGCUGUAGUGGUCGGCUUCCAAUUCCAGCACACUGCCUUGCAAGCGCUUCUCCAGAAUAUAACGUUUAAUUGUGACGGUAAUUGCGAUGGUAAUAAGCACUGCGGCGACGUCUGGGCAUGUUAUCUUAUUGACAAUAACGGCUACAUAAUCGCUGCCGGAGACAAGACGAGCAACGCCGGUAAAUUUUUCGGCGAUGUCAGAGGUCCGAUAAUGAGCAGCUUAGUCAAAGAUGGUGUUUUUGAGAGAAUAAGGAUCUUUGAUUAUCAGGCGGUAUGCUUCAAGAGUCCGCCAACCAACAACGCCGGCAACAUUCUUCUCACUCCAUGGAAGCAUUUCCUGAGAGCAUUGUCGUGGAUGGUUGGUCAAGCCGCUUGGGCUUGGGCGAAGAUGGGCAUAUUGGAAUCUGAUGACGCGGAAGUGUAUAGCUACGUUAGCGACGAUGAAUCAGCCGUUCACGAGGAUUAUCACGAGGGCGACGACAAACUUCCGCCGCUUGAGCCAAAUUACGAGAGAUUAUACUUUGACCGAACUGUUGUAAUGAACCGUACACGCCCGGAAGUUUGCGAUCAAGAGGUGUACUUGUAUCUACGCAACGUCUCGUUCAAUGCAUUCGAUAAAGACGUGGAUGAAAAUUGCGAGCAGCGAUGGUAUAUGGUGCAGCCGGUGACUAAUACCAGCAUGUUGUUGGUAGUGGUAAACAACAACUGUGGCGAAACAAAGUUCCCGACACUCAGCAUUAACCCCGAGGAAGUGAUCUACGAGAAUAACACGCUAGUCUGCCAAAAGGCGCUUGCCGGCCUUGAGCGAGAGCGACCAGAGUCCUGUAUACGGUGGCAUUCUCGCGAGAGCGAGAUCACGGAGCAUCAGUGUGGCUUGGCUACAAGCACCAGAUCGAACCUGUUCCUCUUGAUGUUGUUGCUAAUGUGCGCGCUAGCCGGAAAAAGUACCUUCCUCCUCGGCUAAGAUCGAGAUCUGAUUUCACAGCCAACAGUUGGUGUCAAAAACUAGUCAAUGAAAUUCACGAUAUGCCGCGAAUUGAACGGACUUUCACCCGAUGGAGCGUAUAUGUGGAUAAUUGUACAUCCAGUUGUCUCGUCCGACGACCAGGAUUGCUACAUAGAGCGCAUAUUUGAACGAUUUUCCAUCUGAUUAUUCGUUAAUUUCUCUAAUUUAUGUAAAUUGUUUUUUCCUGCGAGUUAGGAUUCAUGUAAUAUUAUAUUUGAUUUGAAAACA